CUUACACCUCCUCACUGUGUCCCCUAGGCUCCUAAUUAGGUAUACUGGUACAGCGGACCUACCCCAAGCUUCAACAACUCGUUUUGCGCGUCAUGCAGGACCGUCCACCAGAAUCGCAGCUUAUUCCUUCCACUCCUCCGCCAUCUCAUCCAAGAAAGCAUCUAAAACUAAGGGUAAGACUGUGAACAGGGAAGAAGUAGAAGAGGCCGAUGAUAUCAAUGAGGAGAUGGAGACCCAGCUAGAGAAAGUCAGAGACAAAAUGAACAAAGCUGCCGAAUGGGCUAGGGGACAAGUAUGGGAAAGUGUCGAGAGAGGUAAGGGGAGAGUGACACCUGCUCUAUUAGACUCUGUCAAGGUCACAUUGGAAGACGGUGCCCAUCCAUUACAAGAGAUUGCAAGUAUCACGGUCCGCGGACAGGCUCUGCAGCUCGAAGUGUGGGAUCCGGAUCUGACAAAAUCCGUCGAAGCAGCUUUGCACAAAGCAAAUUUGCCUGGUCUGCACCCGCAGAAGAUAUCCCCUGGAGUAUUGAAGAUUCCCGUUUCCAGACCAACGGCAGAACAACGCACAGAAAUUUUACGGGCUUUAGGUACAUCCAUCGAGACGGCCAAACAACAAGUUCGUCAAGCCCGACAAGCUGGUCUGAAAUCAUUGGGCAAGGGAACAGAAGGAGGAAAUGCGGUUCAGAAGAUUUCUGAAGACGUCGGAGGGGAAUUGGAUGGCUUAUUAGCGAAAGCAAAGAAGGAAUUCGAAAAGGUAUGAAACCGAUUGAUCCGG